AUGGCACCGCCGCCAGUUGCGCAACCGCGCUUCGAGCCUUGCGCCUCGACGGCCUCGUUAUUUCUAUGCGCUCAGGGAUCGACAAUUCUAUGUCUACAUCACGAUACACUAGCAAUUGAGCGGCGGUUUCAAAGCCACCAGGAGAACGUUGAAUUCAUUUCUGUGGACAAUGUCAGCGAGCGAGGUGCCGGGAGAUUGGUCGUGAGCUACGAUGUCGGGCAGACCGCAAUUGUCUGGGAUAUAUUUACGGGAACGGAGAUUGCACGAUUUGCCUCCUUCGAGCACCUGCGGGUCGCUUCAUGGAUGCACAAUGGAAAUGUCGCAUUUGGUAAUGGCAAAGGCGAGGUGAUACUAUUUGAACCGUCAACACAGGAGCAUAUUUCUGGGCGCACGAUUUUUGAUCCGAUCACAGCCCUGGCUCCCGCAGCCGACUGUCGAACUUAUGCGAUUGGGUAUCAGAAUGGAUCUAUAUUGAUCGCAACUCUGCUGCCGCAAUUUACCAUUCUGCACACGUUGACGACAUCCCGUGGACCUUCGCCUAUUAUCUCUCUGGCAUGGCAUGCAUCUUCCUCGAAGCAAAAAUCGGAUAUGUUGGCAACACAAUCUUCGAAUGGAGACUUGCGGGUAUGGAGUGUCGCCAAACCACCUGGCAAGGAAUCCCCACGGGUGAUCAGAGUGCUAAAAAGAUCGGAUUCGAGCUCUUCGGACCCUAAGUGGAUGGGAUGGUCCAAGAAUGGCAGACUGGUGCAAUAUCUGGAAGGGGAAACCUGGUCGUGGGAUGUUCGAACAAAACACGUUACCUACGAUCCAAUCCCGACAAUAGAUGGGGUUCGAGGUAUCGCCAACUACGGCCCAACGGCGACUUUGUUCACAAUCGGCCCUCAAAACACAGUACAGCAAUAUGACUUGGAGAAUCCAGCCCUCGUCGCAAAUGUCCAGCAUCACCCAAUCAUGCCCCGACCAAGUACCGCAGAGGGCAGCCGGUCCCAAAUGUCUCUCCGACGCCUGCAAGAUCCACCAGAUAUCCGAGAAUCAAGCAACGGCAAACGCACGCCAUUCGACUCCAAUGCCAUUGAGAAUAUCCGACAACGGGCAGACCUGACCAGUCCUGCUUCAUCGCGAAGUCGAACGGAGUCGGUCAGCUCGAAGGCUUCGUCGGGCAAGUAUAACACUCGGCCUUUCUCGCCGCCGAGUCGCUCAGGCCAAAGCGCAACUACGUUCUCUUUGACAUCAGGGGGCCAUGAUACACCCCAGGCCUCUGCUUCCUUUGCAUACCCUUCUUCUGUUUCAAUGUCAUCGGUCAGGAGCUCGAGAGCUGCAUCGAGGCUGCGAAACGAGGUUCAUGUCAGUCCAGCCGAAAAGAAUAUUGUAGAUCUCUUCCCUUUUACUCGUGCGCGCUUGAACGACGUUCCAUAUAAGCAGCAGCCCCCCAUGGACGAGUCACAUCUGACCUCCGACGAUCUACGGCAGCAGAUGAUGAGUGUGGUGUUUGGCUGGGACGGAGAUAUUCAGGAUCUGAUCAUAGAUGAAUUGAGCCGCCAUGCAGUGGGCAGUCAAAGCGCAAUCCUACUGGCUCAGUGGCUCGGCGAGACCGAUUCAAACGAAAUGGCCUCCAUGAUCGGCCCCGGGCAAAUAACUACUUCUGACUGGAUGCUUCUUGCGUUGAGUCAAAUGAGUGGCCAGGCACAGGCGAACAAAGUCGGCCAGGCAUUCGUACAGAAGUUAUUGGAGAUUGGAGACAUACACACCGCUGCUGCUAUUCUGCUCGGUCUUGGGGACAGCAACGAUGCGGUUGAGGUUUACGUUUCUCGACACCACUAUAUGGAAGCUAUCCUAAUGACGUGUCUGUUAUUCCCUUCCGACUGGCAACGACAGUCGUAUCUUGUUCGACGAUGGGGAGAGCAUGUCGUCACCCAUUCUCAACAGCAGCAGCUUGCAAUUCGCUGUUUCAUGUGUACUGGCGCAGAGCCCUCGGAGCCAUGGGCUUCGCCAUCCGCUCAGCAAGCUGCAUCUGCGUCCUUUGCCGAAAUGCUUGGAGAGAAGUUCCCUCCUGUCUCCCCUGAGAUUUCCCAGACAAAUGGCUCAAGUCUGAUGCCUCCACCCAUUCGACCGAGGUCGUCUAACCAAAAGGCCACAGCCAAGACGCCAGCUCUGAAGCUGAUCACUUCUUUCGACGCCCAAUCUAAUGGGCGUUUCCGCUUCCCGGGAUUGAAAUCUGACGACCGCACACCUACGAACGCACCGGGAAUCACACCAAUUGCGGAAUCUGCAGUUCCCGACUCGGCGAUGUCUCCAGGUGGCUUUGGGUCCUAUAAAUUGAAUAACAUCCAGAGUUUGAACCAGGCGAUGUCCAGGACUAAUACCCCGUCUUUCAAUCGCCGUCGUCUGCCCUCAAUAGGAGAAACACCAGUGGACUCGCAACCUCCCACAUUCUUGCGAUCGAAUGGAUCAUACAGCCAACACGAAUAUAGCUCCACCUCAGAGAAUGAGAUGAGUGGACAAGAUCAGAGUCAAGAUGAGAAAGAAAGCGACAGCGGUCUUUUGACUUUGCCGUCGGCGAAAUACACACCCAGCAUAGACUCACUCAGACCCAGUCCUCAAACAGCGUUACAGGGAACAGACAAAUUUGCAUCCAUCAAAGGUCUUCCAUCGCCGGCUGCAGGCGUCUUCGAGGCUCUCACGAAUGACGAUCACCGAAACGGAUCCCGCGAUCGAAAGCCAGAUGGGCUUCAGAUCGAAUUGUUGGAAAGUGAAAGAAGCCACCAAGACCGCUCAGAUCUGAUUCCCAGCGCCAAAAGUACCACUUCGACUAUCAACAGCUACGCCUCUGCAAGAAGUCCAAGUGUUAGUGGGCGUAGCAUUGAUCAGUAUAUCAGCAGCUUAGACGAAGCGAACUACCAUGCACGCAAGUUCCGGCCUCACACGCCUGGGCGUGGACGACGCAACCCCGACGACACAGCUAGCCAGAGUUCACGCAUACAACAGACGAGAGAUGCCUCCAGAGAUACUCGAGGUAGGAAUGAUCGUCGUUACAUUCAGCCUGCGAAGCGUUCGCCUUCCUCGCCAGUCCCCAUGUCCCCCGAAGAGUUGGCCCGAUAUGGUACGGCAGAGCUGCAGGCGUCAAUCGAGCCGCGUAAAUCCAAGUCUCGGACUCGAAGUUCCAGCAAGAUGAGAAGGCCAGCCUCGCGGAGUCGUCAGCGCUCUUCUAGUCGACACACAGCGAGCCGUGUCGCCAUGGACAAGAAGGAGGCCUCGCUUCGAGGCCGCAGCAAUGACAGACAGGCAUCGAGUACUCGGUCACCUUCGUCGCCUCUUCCUAUGUCGUUCCCUACAGAGGAGCCAUCCCAGGAUGCAAACAAUCCCUUGAGACUGGUGGAGGGUAACCAGAAGAGGCUGCGAUCCCGUCACCGAAGCGCCAGCCGACGUCGGGCAGAGAGGGGCACAAGUGCAAAGAGAGAGGCCUCUCCAGAAUCCAGACACAAAACAUCACAAAGCCUUUCGGUGAUUCAGCCUGGCCCUUCGGCCAACUCUUGGGCAGAGCAAUCUGAGCCGGAACAAUUGACUAGCAAGGUCUUUGGCCAAGAAGCCAGCUUUGAUUCGUUUACCAAUGGUCCGCCCAGCUCGACUACCAAUGACUUCCAAGAUAUCGUCUCUCCCACAACCCCAUUCAUCACUCUUGCAGAGAAGCGCCGAAGAGACAUUGCCGCUGCAGAAUUAGAGGCGAGAAGGUUGUCUCUCGCCCGUAACCCCUCAGCACCGAAUAUUCCUUUCCCUGGCGAAGCUCAAGGCAUGAGAAGCCCUAUUGAAAGCCCUCCGCCAUUCUCCAGUGGAAGCUCCUACUUCCCAAGGGCUCCGUCACGCAACAAAGGCUCCCAGAGCAAAGCAUCGCCUGAUUACCCGAGUAGUUCUGAUUCGAACUCUUCGCGCUCCGGAAUGCCCAUCGGGCUGCCAGCAACUCCCCGGGCCAUGCGCCAUCCCAAGUACGGAGGCACAGGACAGGAUGAAGAGCAACCUUCCAUCCCAAGCAUGCCAGACACCAAUCUCUUUCUCAGCAAUGCCCGCUAUCAAAGUGACGCGGACAGAAUUGGGCGUUCAAUGUCCGUCCCUGUCCCAGAAACGCAUCAUCCCAACCCACCUAUGAUACCCAACGACGUCCCCAUGCAUCCACGAUUCAACCCCUCCCUCCCACGCAGCCGAUCCAGCAGCCGCAGUCGCAAAAUGGGCCAUCGUCGAACCAGCUCGGGCGGCUAUGUAUCCGGCACCUCACCGAAUGUCCAAGUGAGCAUCGAAGAGACGAUGGAGAACUCCAUGCAAAGAGAUUCAGGGGAGUACGAGACAAUCCCACCUCCCCCUCCACCAUUCCUCCCAGAACUCCAGCAUCUCAACACACCUCCUCCGCCGCCCCCAUUCCCCACAUCCGCAAUGCCAGUCUCGCCCCGUGAAUCCUCUGCAACUAUCGACAUCGCCAUCGACAAUGAAGACUUCGGACGUCUGCUCCCUCGCGCAAUGACUGCUGCCCCAGCGCUGAACGUCAAUACCUAUGGUAAUGAUUCCCGCCAAUCAGGAAGUCGACGCAUGUCCUUCGACCAUCGGCGAAACCGCAGUUCCAACGAAAGCUUCACGAACAAGUUGCGCAACUUGACUCGGAUGCGGAACAACAGUCGCAGUGUUGAGCCUUGGACACAGGCUCACGAUGCCGAGAUGGCUCCGUAUGAAAGCCUGCAGCCGCAUGUCGUUGGAUCGAACUCCAACUACAUUCUGCCGAGUCAGAGCUAUGUCUCGCCGAGUCAAAACUUCGUUUAG